AUUGCUAAUAUUUGUAUGAAAAUAAGACUGAUUUGUGAUAUUUCUCCAAAAGCCAUACAGAAUGACUGAUCUCCUAUGUAGAAUAUGCCUGGCACGUGAUACUCGUAUGUGUACAACGUACAACACGCCACUGGAAGUGCUUUAUCAAAAAAUCACAAAAAUACCUCUUAAAACAAAAGACGGAAGGCCGCACGUGGUGUGUUACGUCUGCUACCAUUUAUUGAGCAAGUGUCACAAAUUCAUUGAAAGUGCCGUUAAAACUGACAGAGUUCUUCAACGACUAUGUAGCAGUGGUAUACAGUUAACCGAGCAGCAUAUUGCAGCGAUAGACAAGGCUUUCUUACUCACACCAUUAACUAAGUCACGCGUUAUAAAUGUAAACGCAAUAAGCGAUUCAGACGGAGUCAGUAUAGAAGUGGCUGAAGUCAAGAGAGAAAUUGAAGAAGAUAAGCCUAUAUAUCAUGAGGUGGAAGUGGUUAACGAAAAAGUUGAUUCUUUAGGUUUUGACGGUAUAAAUAAUACAGAACAUAGUUCAAAACAGUACGCUUGUACUAUCUGUGGUCAUUGCUUGCUGACCAAAGCUGAAGCUAGGAAGCACUACAAAUGGCAUGGCACCUCCGAAGAACCCUAUCUGGACUGUCUGAAUUAUUUAUUUGGCGCUCCACCAACUGUGGAAGUCACUAUGCAACCUAUCACGGCGCCAACUGACAGCAAAGAAGUAAUAAAGGCGCCAACUGACCACAAAGAAGCACUACCGGCGCCAACUGGCAGCAUACAAGCACUAACGGCAUCAACUGGCAGCGUACAAGCAGUGACGGCGCCAACUGGCAGCAAAGAAUCACUAACGGCACAAACAGGCACCAUACAAACAGCCACUGCACCAAAUUACAGCAUACAAGCGGUGACGGCGCCCACUGACCACAAAGAAUCACUAGCGGCGCCAAAAAAAUCACUAACGGCGCCAACUGACAGCAUACAAGUGGUGACGGCGCCAACUGACAGCAAAGAAACACUAACGGCACAAACAGGCACCACACAAACAGCCACUGUACCAACUUACAGCAUACAAGCGCUGACGGUGCCAACUGACCACAAAGAAUCACACGCGGCGCCAACUGACAGGAAUGAAGCACUAACGGCGCCAACUGACAGCAUACAAGUGGUGACGGCGCCAACUCAUAGCAGAGAAGUGCUGAAGUCUCCGCAAACUAUCAUAGCGUCCGACACUAGUCCAACGAAGAUUGAAAAUGAUGAAGAGAUGCCUCAGAAAGAAGAUAUGGACGAAAAAUCAAAUUUACCCGAAGAACUAAAAGAUGAAUCGCCAAAAAUUUUCAAAAACGAAAAAGAAUUAAUGAUAGAAAUGAAAAUAGACGUCUAUAAAAAAAUUGUGAAACCAAAGAAUAUAAUAAAGAAAAAAGAAGAAACUGCGAAACCAAAUAAUACAAUAAAGAAUAAAGAAAAAGCAACUAACAGUGAAGUGACUAUAAAAAAGAGAAAACUCACUAAAAACAUGAAACCAAAUAGAAAAAAUGAAACAAAAUUAACCGUUAGUAAUAAUUUAACCGAAAACGAGGUAUAUUGUGAAGUCCCAUUAUUUAAAUCGGAUGACCCGUUAGACACAAAUUAUAAAGAUAAUACACCAAAUACAGAUAAAUUAGACAGUUCAGACACGAAUAUAGAAACGGAAGAUAUAGAACAAAAUGAUGAAAAUGAAACGAAAAAAAUUACAGCAACAGAAAAAACAUUUCCAUGUGAUACUUGUAAAAAAGUCUUCCCAAGUAAUGCGAGGUUGAAACGCCAUAGACGUGUGCACACGGGCGAGAAACCAUUCUCAUGCGAACAUUGCUCGAAAACAUUCGCAGACAAAUGUAACCUAAGUCGACAUUCCCGAAUCCAUUCCGGAGAAAAGCCAUUCGAGUGCGAUCUCUGCGGAAAAUGUUUCUCGAUUAAAACUCACUUGAGCGUUCACUUACUCACGCACAAUAAUUCUAGUAAAAAACAAACUAAAAGCACUGUGUCGUGCGAUGCUUGUGGAAAAAUAUACACGCACAAAAUGAAUUUAGCACGGCACAUUUCAACAAAGCACGCCAGGACACAUACAGGUGAAAAACCGUUCUCAUGUAACUAUUGCGAUUACAAGACUGCUGUACAAUAUCAUUUAACUACUCAUAUACGGACACAUACAGGUGAAAAACCGUUCUCAUGUACCUUUUGUCAUUACAAGACUGCUAAAAAAGAUAGUUUAAAUACUCAUAUACGGACACAUACAGGUGAAAAACCGUUCUCAUGUAACUAUUGCAAUUACAAGACUGCUGUACAAUCUAAUUUAAUUAGACAUAAUAUACGGACACAUACAGGUAAAAAGCCGUUCUCAUGUAACUAUUGUCAUUACAAGACGGCUGUAAAAUCAGAUUUAAUUAUACAUAUACGGACACAUGGUGAAAAACCGUUCUCAUGUAACUAUUGCAAUUAUAAGACCACCGUAAAAUCAAUUUUAAUUAAACACGAAAGGACACAUACAGGUGAAAAACCGUUCUCAUGUAACUAUUGCCAUUAUAAGACCACUCAAAAAUCAACUUUAAUUAAACACGAAAAGACACAUACAGGUGAAAAACCGUUCUCAUGUAACUAUUGUCAUUACAAGACUGCAUAUAAAGAUGUUUUAGUCCGUCAUAUACGGAUACAUACAGGUGAAAAACCGUUCUCAUGUUCGUAUUGUUAUUACAAGACCGCAUUAAAACGUAAUUUAACUACUCAUAUACGGACACAUAAAGGUGAAAAACCGUUCUCAUGUACCUAUUGUCAUUACAAGACCGCAUUAAAAUGUAAUUUAAAUACUCAUAUACGGACACAUACAGGUGAAAAACCGUUCUCAUGUAACUAUUGCGAUUACAAGACUGCUGUAAAAUCAGCUUUAAUUAGACAUAUACGGACACAUACAGGUGAAAAACCGUUCUCAUGUAACUAUUGUGAUUACAAGGCUGCUGUAAAAUCAGAAUUAAUUAAACAUAUACCAACACAUACAGGUAAAAAACCGUUCUCAUGUAACUAUUGCCAUUACAAGACUGCUGUAAAAUCAGAUUUAACUAAACAUAUACGGAUACACACAGGUGAAAAACCGUUCUCAUGUACCUAUUGUCAUUACAAGACUGCUAAAAAAGGUAGUUUAAAUACUCAUAUACGGACACAUACAGGUGAAAAACCGUUCUCAUGUAACUAUUGCCAUUAUAAGACCACCCUAAAAUCAACUUUAAUUAAACACGAAAGGACACAUACAGGUGAAAAACCGUUCUCAUGUAACUAUUGCCAUUAUAAGACCACUCAAAAAUCAACUUUAAUUAAACACGAAAGGACACAUACAGGUGAAAAACCGAUUUGAGGUAAACACUCUCUAUAGAAAAAAAAAUCUUCAGUAAUUAUUUCAGUAGGUUGUAGGUAUAGUUAGUAGUAUAAAAGCAGUAAAAGAUGUAGCUAAAAGUCUUUGGUGUAAGUAGGUAGGUAUACUAUACAGGGUGUAAACGAUAAGUGAUCUCACUCGAUUAUUUCUAAACUAUACAAGAUAUCGAAAAAUUUAUUACUGACCCUGAAAGUGCUUACCGCGUACGUGCUUACCCAGUUUUUGGAUAUCUUGUAUAGUUUUUAAUAUUAUGUGGUUUUACUAAAUGUAUGGAAGCUGGAAACAUUGAAUUUUCGGAUAGAUCCAUUUAUUUUGUAACCUAUUAUUGGUACCGUUGGAUAGAGCUCGGGAAGCACUUUCAGGAUCAGUAACCAGUUUUUGGAUAUCUUGUGUAGUUUAGAAAUAAUCGAGUGAGAUCACUUAUCGUUUCCAUCCUGUAAAGGGAGGCACACAGAAAAGGCCUAAGUUACCAACAACGAGAACCGAACAUAGGACCACUUAUGGCAAUGUUAGUAGGUAGGUACGUCACUACCGUCAUAUUUUGCUUCCGUUCAGUUAAUGUUCUCAAAGCUAUAUAGGUCUACGCAAUACUUUGAGAAUAGUAACUGAGUAUUAUUUAUUUAUUUUUAACAGAGUUAUAAAGUUGCCUAUUUAAACUGUAUUUUCUCAAUUAUUAAUUUAAUAUUGACAUAAGUAUGUUAUUCUAAUGAUGGUAGUUCAUUCAUGAACAUGAUUUUGAAAUUACUUACAAUUUGAGACAAUAUUAUAGUUAUUAAUAUUAAUAGGUAUUUUAACUAAGUUCUUUACUAAACAAAAAAUACACCGAAACUAAUAAAAUGUUUUGUUUGUAUUAAACACGAACUAUUUAUUACUAAUGAAGUCUUGAUUACUAUCAAUACUAAUUUACGACAAAAAGUAUAUUUUCCAUUUUUUUUUGUAAUUCAUUCUACCACUAUAAUUUGUUUUUUUUUUAUUGUAAGAGAAAAAAUAUUUUUGUUUUAUAAUUGUUAUUGUGUUUAAAUUGUGUCCCUGUCUGCAUGAUACAAAUAACAUUUAAGUAACAUAACGCCUUAAUAAAGUUUACUAAACUAAAA